AUGGGCGAGAUCGGGCCGGAAGCCACCGGGACGCCCGCUGCUUCCCCGUCCUCAACCUUCUCACGUCCACCGCUACUCACGUCCGCCUUCGCCCCGUUCGCCCAUGCGCCGAGCUCUGCUGCUCCGUGCCGGCCGCACCGUGGCCUUCUGUUGCUGCGCCACCGCCGCGCCUGCUUUCACCAGCAGCCGCUGCCGCUGUCGGUUAUCGUCGCGCCCUCGACCACUGCCCGCGAGCACACGUCCCCGCUCCAGCCUCGCCUGCAUCGCCGCUUCUCGCUGGUCGCUGCGCUCCCAUCCCCGCGCACUCCCCGUCCCGUCCCCGCGUGCCCGCUGUUGUGCUGCCACCGCUACCGCAUCUGCUCGCUGCUGCCCGCGGCUGCGACCGCGCCGCCCCGCGCACCUUCGCCCUCGCCUGCUCACUGCUGCUACCCUGAGCGCUGCUGUUGCUUGCUGCCGCCGCAUAGCCUCGCCGAGUCGCCGGCUCCGCCCGCCAGUUGCUGCUCCUGCAUCGCGUGCGCCCGCGGCCUCCUUGCUGCCUCGCUUGCCCAGGCCAUGUCCUUUGUGCCCUACACAUGCACGCCCCAGCAAUGGUCCAAGGCCAGUUCCCGUACGGGCCGGCCCUUGAUUAGCUUAGGUGCUAAUCAUCCUUUAGACUAA